AUGGGUCAUGGCGCACGUUGCAACGCUCGGCUGGUGGAGCAGAAGAAAAGGAGGAGGAAGAAGAGGAGGAGGAGGAGAGCGCCGGGUCAGCGCCCCGUCCCCUCCGCCGGGAGCCCCGGGGUGGCAGGCGAGCGCGCUUGGCAGGGGCUAACGAGCUCCGUUUGUUUUCUUUCUUUGCUUUCGCAGAGCCUGGAUGGGGACCAAGCCGUACUCCAGAGGAUCAGGAAAUACGUGAAAGCCAUUCACGUCUCCGGGCUGACCCACGUGGAGAACGAGGAGCAGUACAGCGAAGCUCUGGAGAACUUCGGCAACAACCACCUCUCCCAGAACAACCACGAGCUCUCCACCGGCUUCCUCAACCUGGCCGUCUUCACCCGCGAGGUCACCGCACUCUUCAAGAACCUGGUACAGAACCUGAAUAACAUCGUCUCCUUCCCCCUGGACAGCCUGCUGAAGGGGCAGCUGAAGGACGGCCGCUUGGACUCCAAGAAGCAGAUCGAAAAGGCCUGGAAGGAUUACGAGACCAAAGUGGGGAAGAUAGAGAAGGAGAAGGAGCGAGCCCGCUUGGCGGGGGUCAUCCAGGCCGAGCCGACCGCGGCGGUGGUGGCCGAGGGCAUGCAGAAGGAGGGGCGGGGGUCACAGCUCCACAUGUGCGAGUACCUGCUGAAAGCCAGCGAGUCUCAGAUGAAGCAGGGCCCAGAUUUCCUGCAGAGCCUCAUCAAGUUUUUCCACGCUCAGCACAAUUUCUUCCAAGAUGGCUGGAAGGCUGCCCAGAACCUCUACCCCUUCAUUGAGAAGCUCGCUGUGUCCCUCCACGCGGUAAGCCAAACCCAAGAGGAGGAGGUGAAGCAGCUCACGCAGACCCGCGAUUCCCUCCGCAGCAUCCUGCAGCUGGAGAACAAGGAGGAAAACCUGAGCAGGAAGAACUCUGGUAGCGGCUACAGCAUCCACCAGCACCAAGGGAACAAGCAGUACGGGACGGAGAAGUCGGGAUUUCUGUACAAGAAAAGCGAUGGGAUCCGCAAAGUCUGGCAGAAGAGGAAGUGUGGCGUGAAGUACGGCUGUCUGACCAUCUCCCACAGCACGAUCAACCGCCCCCCCGUCAAGCUGAACCUCCUCACCUGCCAAGUGCGGCCCCACGCCGAGGAGAAGAAAUGCUUCGACCUGGUGACGCACAACAGGACGUAUCACUUCCAAGCGGAGGACGAGCAGGAGUGCGUUGUGUGGGUCUCAGUGCUGCAGAACAGCAAGGACGAAGCCCUGAGCAAUGCUUUCAAGGGAGACCCCAAUGGCGGUGGGGCGGCAGCGGGCAGCGGGGCGGACGGCGGCGUGCAGGAGCUCACCAAGCUGGUCAUCAACGAGGUGAAGAACCUGCCGGGAAACAAGCAGUGUUGUGACUGCGGGGCCCCGGAUCCCACGUGGCUCUCCACCAACCUGGGCAUCCUGACGUGCAUCGAGUGCUCCGGCAUCCAUCGGGAACUGGGCGUGCAUUAUUCCCGCAUCCAAUCCCUCACCCUGGAUGUCCUCAGCACCUCCGAGCUGUUGCUGGCCGUCAGCGACUCCGGGGAGCUGGCGCUGCACGUGGCCGUACGCCACGCCGACAGAUCGUCCCUUCCUCUGGUGGACUUCAUCAUCCAGAACGGGGGGACGCUGGACCGGGUGACGCAGGAUGGGAACACGGCUUUGCACUACGGCGCGCUCUACAACCAACCCAACUGCCUCAAGCUGCUCCUGAAAGGUGCCACCGCUCAGCGGGAUGGGGUGGGGUGGGGGUCUCAGAGGGGCUGCGAUGAGGUGGUGGCGGGGAGGCAGAAGAGGGUGAAGGCGGUGGCUGACUGCAAGGGGGACAAAGCGCGGGAGCUGACCUUCUCGAAGGGGGAGGUGAUCGUGGUGACGCGGGAGGAGGACGAGCAGAGCUGGGUCGGCUUCGGGUGA